AUGCUGGACGUCAAGACGGUGGGCGCUGAGUUGACGCCCGCGCAGCGAGAUGAAACCAUGGACGACCUUCAUUUCUUCCUCGACGAGUUCGGCUCGACUGGAGCUGUUCGUGCUGCACUGCAAGAGCAAGAGAGCAGCAUCCGGGGCCUCAAGGAGCAAGUGCAACGUCUUUUGACCCCGACAGGCGAGGGGUUGCAGAGUGAAGAGGAGGAGGAAGUUGCCGCGGCGGUGGAAGAUGGUGACGAGGAAAUUGGGGGGAAUGGCGUUGACGAGAUCAUGGUAGACGUGGAUUUCUUCUUGAGAACCUUCGGCUCCACGCGUGCGGCGCGUGACAAGUUGUGGCAACAGAAGCGGGAGAUUGUGGGCUUGAAGCGGACGGUGCAGUGGCUGGAAGAGCGGCGUAGAGAGCGGCAGCAGAGCGAUGACUCGAGUGAUGUGGAAUACUUGACCAAGCCAGCAACGCGUUCGAUGCGGGGAGAGAAGCUAGAGAUGGAACCGCAAGGUGGCCCUUGCAUCAUGAACUGGAGUCGUGAGGUCGAUGAGAUCGUGGGCUCGAGCGACGAAAGUGAUGGCAGCAGCAUGGAGAUUGAAGACGCUGGCGUAGAGAUGGAGAUGGUCAGAGGCAUUGGGGACGGUGGCAUCAUUGAGAAGGCUGAGGCUGUGGUCAUCGCUUCCUCCGAGCACGAGUGGCAAGACGAGGACUUUGAAGAUGGAACUUGUCUCUUGUCAGACUGCACCAACACGGCUCAAGCGAACGGCUUCUGCUACGCUCACGGCGGAUAUCAGGUGUGCUAUGCUCUUGGUUGUAACCGGAGGGCUGCUGUACGAGCUUUUCAUCGCAAACGCGCCGUAUCCAGCGACACGAAUGAUCUGCACACUGCUGAAUACGACGGUAAUGGAAAGAGCGCGAAGAACCAAAAGGUGUGGGUCCAACUCGACUACUGCGAUAAGCACUUGGAUGAAGAGGAACUGGAUGGAGAUCACGCAGCCGAAGCAUCGAGUCAAGCGCAGCCGCAUGAGACCAUCCGCGCUACCGAUCGUCGUUAUCGUCGCCACAGCGUGUGCAAGUGGCUUGGGUGUAUGAAGUGGGUGAUGAGAGAUGGAGACCCGAGCGAGUACUGCGUCCUUCACCGAGCCCAAGACGGCAGCUCAGUGAUCUCGAGAGGAAGUAGCGUGGCAUCAUUCACCCACUCCGAGGACGAGUCGAGUGUUGAGCAAGUGGAGGCCACGGAAUUCAAUGGCGAAAAGGACGUCCAGCGCGACUACAAAAGCCCCGUCCUCUGCAAAGAACCAGGAUGCAGCAAGCAGGGAUAUGUCUACGGAGACAAGAGGGGCUACUGCUUUUAA